AUGGCGAAAGACCCACGAAUCGCGAUCAUUGGAGCAGGCGUCGGUGGCCUGGUCACCGCUCUACACCUUCAUGCUCAUGGGUUCAAGAACAUCGACCUGUUUGAAGCYGCUGGUCAAUUAACCUCACUCGGAGUGGGCAUCAAUGUCCAGCCUCAUGCCAUCCUUGUCCUGCGAAAUCUGGGACUCCUCCCUAGAUUGGAGGCUAUUGGCAUCCAAACUCAGGAGCUUAACUACUACGACAGGCAUGGCAACUCGAUCAUCAGUGAGCCCAGGGGCAAGUUUGCUGGAUACAAGGUCCCGCAGUUUUCUGUCCAUCGAGGGGAACUCCAAUUGAUGCUUUUGGAUGCCGUUAAGGAACGUCUAGGAGAGGAUCGCAUUCAUCUCAACCACGCGCUGGAAACAUUCGAGCAUCUAGAGGGCGAGCAAGUGAAGCUUCGCUUCCACCAGAAACAUUCUGGCGAAAAGGCAGCCAUUCCAGAAAUGGUGUCAGAUUUGUGCGUCGCCGCUGAUGGCAUCAAUUCCACAGUCCGACGGAUUCUCUAUCCCAAAGAAGGCCCACCGAACUUCUCUGGCCGCAUGCUAUGGCGAGGCUGUGUCGAGCGCGAGCCUUUCUUGACCGGUAGUUCAAUGGUCUGGUCCGGACAUGCGGAUCAGAAGUUCAUCGCUUACCCGAUUCGAAACUACGGCGGUGAAGCUGGAUCGAAGUCGCUCGUCAACUGGAUCGCCGAGCUUAGAGUCAGAGAUGAGAUCGAUCCUGAUACUACACCUCCUGAGAAGACAGACUGGCUGAAUGAUGUUCCGAAGGAAAGAUUUGCAGGCCAAUUCGAAAGCUGGACCUUUGGAUUUCUCGACGUACCUCAACUCAUCGCGGAAACAGAAAAGGUCUUUGAAUACCCAAUGUGUGAUCGCAAUCCAGCUGAAAGAUGGAGCUUUGCAUCGCUGACAUUGCUCGGAGACGCCGCUCAUCCAAUGUAUCCAAUUGGUAGCAACGGUGCAUCGCAAGCCAUCUUGGACGCUGCCUGUCUGACCAAUUGUCUGCUUCGGUGGCAAUCUGGUGAUAUCGCGAACAUCACCGGUGCUUUACAGGCCUAUCAGGACGAAAGACUUCCAAUCACGGCCAAGAUUGUCAUGGCGAAUCGAGGUAAUGGACCAGACCACGUCUUGCAAGUUGCUCAUGAGCGAGCUCCGAAUGGCUUCAAGCACAUCAACGACAUCAUUUCCCAGAAAGAGCUCGAGGAUAUCGGCCUGGCGUACAAGGCCGUUGCCGGAUUUGAAGUGGAGCGAGUCAACGAUCUUGCCUCGAAGUCCGAAGGAACCGCAGAAAGACUUGGUCUUGUGGACUCGAAGGCGAUCGCAAAUGGGAAGCACUAA